AUGGCCGGCGAUACCCCCGAACCCAUUGCGCCCGUCCCCAAGACUUCGCGCCCCAUGAGCGAAGCUCUCCUCAACGAGAAGUGGGACCGUUGCCUCUCCUCCAUGCUCAUCCGUUCCGGCCUCGGCGUCUCCUUCGGUAUCGUAUUCUCCGUCCUCCUCUUCAAGCGCCGCGCGUGGCCCGCCAUGGUCGGUCUUGGUUUCGGUGCUGGUCGUGCAUGGGAAGAAUGUGACAGCGUGAGUGCCCGUGCUCUAUUUCUUUCUGCCGGAAUGAACACCAUGUUUGCAGCGGCUAACAAUGCCUCUGUAUAGUCUUUCAAGCGAGCUGCAGGCCCUUCCAAAGACGGUCUCCGCAUCGUCAGGCCAUAAAUCAAUCUCAGUCAGUGCGUUUAAGAACGGAUGGGCAGGAACGAACAAACGUGGGGUGGGGUGGAUUGGUGCAGUCCUGCGCGAACAAAAUAAUGUACAGUAGGAUAUAUUGGUUAUAGACGCUUCAAGGUAUUCCAUUUUCUUCCACCGUGUGGAUCUUGAACCCCAAUCCGGCACUCUUUUGAUUCUUGUAUCCCGUCUGCGGAAUGGCAGAGUUUGUUUUGGCGAAUUGAACGAUUGCGGUAUGUGCUUCAUACAGCCAGACUCGAAGUAGCUAAUCCUCUAGUUGCGUCCAUGAAAGUUGAAGCCCUUUAUCCUCGAACACAUCAUUCUACUUACAGUGAGAGAUUGGCAGGGCGUUUCACAUGAUCGGCGACUUUUGUUUUCGGGGAUAUCGGGGUUCUGGCGGCUAACACGUGACCCUCAACCCAUUUUCCGCCGCUGUGAUUGGCCGAACCGCUCGGUGAAUUCACCCAAACCCCGAUCCCUCUCAACCCAUUCCCAUCUGUCGCCUGGUCUUCAACUCCUCUUUGUCUCCAAUCCCACUUUCUCUCUUCACACAAAAUCAAACAUUUACCAAAUUACCAAUGGACCCUCCACGUCGACGCAGGAGACCUGCCUUGUAAGUCCGAUACCCCGAACACAUCAAUUAGUCACUCCCAUUCAAGUCCCUAUCCAAACAAGCCAGGCGUCUGUACAAUUAACAUUGACCGUUUUUUUUUUUGAACAGGGCUUGUACUCUAUGCAGACGCCGUAAAGUCCGAUGCAACCGUGAAUCUCCCUGCAAC